CUCCUUUUUAUUCUUUCGUAAACCAACGUCAUCCGUCACGCAUGCGUAAUAUGUACAUAAAUACAUUUAAACCGAUGCCCCAGGCGUGACAUCUGUGGAAAGUCUACGAAGAUGAGAUAGCUCAGCGUCGAGAUACAAGAAGGAUCGUUUUCUACUUGGUACCAGGAAAAAGAAAGAUGAUCUCUUGAAAGACUACCAGGAGACUUCCGUGAGUGUAGACUUCCUGAAACACGCAAGAGAAUGAGACACACUGUACAUUACGGAUUGAAAGGUUCAUUGGUUGCGCGAGAAUGAAAGACUGAUCAGAAAAGGAUGAUGAAAGUAUAAAAGAAACAUGGCGACACACACCUUUACCAUGAUACCAAGGAAUGCAAAUCUAUCAGCGAGCAGUGGUCCAGCGCGAGCAAAUAAAAAUCCAGCCUCCUCGACCGACCAGCUGGUCUCCCCAGCGUCAUAUACGUUUUCUCUUAUGGUUCUUGGAUAUGGAGAAAAAUACAAAAAUAUUAAUGGCCGAUCGACGACAAAAAUGGUGGACGGGCAAGAGGGAGGAAUUGGGCACAGGACAAGGGAGGGACGAGGGGUGACUAUCGUGCAAGCGGAAGUGACAAUGGACGAAGAGCUUGGGAGGCUGACAGGAACAACAAGAAAGAAAGAGGGCAGAGAGGGUGCAGAUGAGGGCGAGGAAAAUCGGUCGUAA